AUGGAUAAUCAAGGGGUGGUGAGGGAGGAAACGAACUCCCACACAGGGAAUAAUACUGUAAAAGAGGAGAAAACAACAAUAUCAUCAUCGACACAAGAAACACAAACGUCACAUUCAAACUGUAGUGAUAUCGACUCUAACAGUUGGUCCAAAUAUCUUCGAGAGACAUCAUCUAUAUUCUGUGAACUUGAGCAUGAACGGACUGCUGGAUGGAAUUCAAAGGCAUUGGACAACUGGUAUGAACAACAACGGCAAUGCAAACAUCCCAAAGGGAAUGAUAAUAGCAAAAGUGUAACGAACGCUCCUACUACUUCAUUUGCUGGAACUGAUGUUGCAAAAUUGUGUGAUCGUUACUGCACUCACGCCGGUCGUAUCUUAACUAAUGCUGCUCCAGAGUACUUUAAACCUCAUCCAAUCACACGUGCAAGACGGCGACAACAACAACAACAACAACAAUGUCAAUCACAGAAAUACGAUGAAGAAAGUACUCCAACUUUUCUUGACCUUGGUUCUGCUCCUGGUGGCGUCUCGAAAUUUCUCGUCACUCGGUUACAUUGGAAUGGGAUUGGGGUUUCACUACCAGAAAGCCGCGGUGGUAUUGCAUCAGACGCAUCUUGGAUACCUUCAUCAUCUACAGAACCUCCUUACAAAUUUAUUGAAGGAAGCAUUCUGGAAGAUGAUUGGCAAGGAGCUAUUAAAGGACAAAAGUUCUUUUUCGUUAACGGGGGUGCAGUGCAAGACCAUGGACAGCGUGAAAGUGAAAAAUCAGAUAAUAAUAAUAAUAAUAAUAAUAAUAAUAAUAAUAAUAAUAAUGAGAAUGUCUCGUCCUCACUCUCACCAUUAGCACCACCACCGUGGUUUAACUUCCUUGUGCCUCAGCUGCGACUUGCAGUGGAGCAUGUUGAGGAUGGUGGCGUUAUAAUGAUCGUAUUUGGUGUACCUCAGUCUGCGAGUCUUUUUAUCAUGCUGGAACUCAUGCAGCCGCUUGUACGUGGUGACAUUCACAUUGUGGAAACCAUGCAUUUGACGAAGUCUCCUGUGUAUGUGAUCUUAACUGAUAUUCGCAUGGCGAGUGACGGUGCUGAUCGGGUGGCGUGGGAGUUGCUGCUGCGACGCAUGAGUGAAGGCGCUGGGGACUUUUGGCGGGGCGCCACACCCGACGGGCUGCGGCUUGCGGUGAGUGGGUUUGCACGGCACCGUGGGGGUGUGGAGGCGGUGUGGGCGAAGACCACAGCCUUCCUGCGACGGCGUCGCGUCUCUGCGGAGCGGGGCAUGGCGGCAGCAGCAGCAACAGUCGUGAGUGGUGAUGGUGCGGGGAAGAGGCAGCGUGAGUAG